UCACAAUUUUGUAUUUAUAUCCAAUCAGAUAGUAACGGGUGUGUACGAUGUAGUCGCCGUAAAGACAUGGCUCCACAUGCCGAAAUAUUGCUGCUGUAACCUUGAUUGAUCAGCCUCUUCGUUUGAGACAAGCAAGAGCAACAUGCAGGCUGCUAUGGAUAUCACGGCAAAGUAUUGCCGUAAAGAAAUUGAGGCAUAUGGGUCAUGUGUGGCCUCCAACCCAUCAACAUGGCAACAAAAGUGCCAUGAACUUAAAAUGAAGGUUGCACAGUGCACAUCAUCACACCCAGUGAUCCAGAAGAUAAGACAAGACUGUUCCAAGGAGUUUGUGGAGUUUGAGCGCUGCCUGAGAGAAAAGCAGGACCAACCUACCUCCUGCUCACCACAUGUGGCUCGCUUUCUGGGCUGUGCAGAGACAGUGGACCUCAGUGGAGUGGCUACAAAUCCAGUACCUCAACCAUCGUAGUAUUCCAACAUCAUCGAUCACCUCCAGAUUACAGUUGGUCCCACAGAAACACAGAUGAGCUGGUUUCAUGUGGCCCAGCCAUGUUAAUGUAUGUACAGUGUCUAUUAGGACAUCUGUUUUCCUUUGUGUAACUUAAUGUAUGCAUUCACAACAAUAAAAUUUGGGGGAUUGUUAUAGCACUGUGAGGUAGAUGGGUGGUGGAGAAUACGUGAUUUCUGUUUGCUUUUCCUUCCCUUGUUAACGUUGUGUUCAUGUGAAAAUAACAUUUAUACUUGCCUGUAAGUGAGGAUGUCUGGUUUGUACUGUUUUUAUCAAACCAUUUCAUUAAAAAUGACAUCAGACUUGUAUUACUCA